GCACCGGGACGCGACGUCACAGGAAAGGAGGGCGGGAUUGGUUGCCGGAAGCGAAGGCACCGGCGGGGAAAUGGCGCCGAGCUCGAAAUCGGACCGGGGCGCGAGCCGGAAAUGGGGACCCCGGGACCACGUGAUACGACAGCUGGACCGGGUGAAGAUCACAGGUCAGCUCUCCCCUCGUCUGUUCCGGAAGCUUCCACCCCGCCUCUGUGUGUCUCUGCGCAAUAUUGUGGAUGAGGAGAUCCUACAAAAAGGACACAUCUUCCUGGGUUUCUCCAAGUGUGGCCGCUUUGUGUUGUCAUACACCAGUGAUGUCCUGGACGAUGACUUCUCCUUCUACUCCUAUCACCUGUACUGGUGGCAUUUCCAGGGGCACAGCAAGCUGCGUUUGGUACGGCAGGUACGUCUCUUCCAGGAUGAGGAAAUCUACAGUGACCUCUUCCUGACGGUGUGCGAGUGGCCCGGUGACAGCUCCAAGGUCAUUGUGUUUGGCUUCAACACUUCUGGCAAUGGGAUGAUAAUGAAUAUGAUGAGCGAUGAGAAUCAUCGAGAUAUUUACAUCAGCACUGUGUCUGCUCCUCCAACGUCACCCUGUAUAGACUGCCGGGAGUCAGGGACUGGCCCGUGUUUGUUGCACAGUUUCAUGCUGCAUACAAAGUAUCAGGUGGUCUAUCCGUUCCCCACCUUUCAGCCAGCCUUCCAAUUGAAGAAAGAUCAUGUUGUGUUGCUGAAUACGAGUUAUUCCCUGGUGGCCUGUGCCAUAACUGUACACCCUGCAGGUGACCAGGAAUCGAGCCGUAUCCUCUACAGCAAGCAGAGCCACAACAGCACCCACUCUAACUCCUCCCCUUCAGACAGCCCCUGUACCCCUUCUUCAAGCAGCCAGUCCCCUCACCUACCUGACCCCAGUUCCCCCCCUGCUCCAGAAACUCCUCCCGCUGUCACCCGCGCACGUGAGUUUGUGGCUGGGAUAUUCCGGCGAGCUCGCGAGGCUUCAGGCAUAGAGCACCAGGACAAGGGAGAGAAGGCCGGGCCCAGCCGACAGAGCCCUCCACAGCCUGCCGAACCAGACUCUCCUGUAUGGCACAGGGCUGCUGGUGAAGGCUCGGCACACAAGAGCAAUCGCACCGAGGAACCCAGCUAUGUCAACUACUCAAGACUGCGAUACGUCUUGGGGGAGGUGCCCGAGAGUGAUCGAGCGAGCGAAUAUGAAGAUGACAAGAUGUCUCUACCUUUCCUGGUCACUGAUCUGAAGGGUCAGCACCUAAAGCCUCUGAAUGACAAGGCGUGUUUUCAGGGCCAGCACCUUUGUGUGGAGCAGCUGACACUGGACUUUGAGUACGUAAUUAACGAGGUCAUACGACAUGAUGCAUCCUGGUCCCAACAGUUCUGCUCUUUUAGUGACUAUGAUAUUGUCAUCCUGGAGAUGUGUCCAGACACCAACAAAGUAAUCAUGAACAUCGGCCUGUUACUCCUGGCUUUCCCGCCUCCUCAGGAGGACACUCAGCUCAGGCCGAAGACUCAUCACACAAGCCUGAAAGUGGCCUGGGACCUGGACACCGGUGUCUUCAGCACGCUGAGUGUCGAUGACCUCACUGAAGUCAAAGGUCAAACCAGUGGCAGUGUCUGGAGCUCGUACCGGAAGAGUUGCGUAGACACCGUUAUGAAAUGGUUGGUUCCAGAAAACAGCGUGCGAUAUGUCCAUCGUAUGACCAACGAGGCUCUGCAUAAAGGUGACGGUUCAAGGGCUGGCAUCCGUAUUUGGCACUUAUUCACAUAAGUGGUGGCACAAGGAUGAAGAUGACAUAACCCCAAAAGACUGAAAUGUCUUCUUUCCUUGUCCUGGGUUGUUCCUUUCUUAAUGGUCACUAAUCACCGUUUGUUUGACACGCUGGUUAUUUGUCUGCAGGUUGUUCACUCAAGGUUUUGGCUGACAAUGUUCGCUACACAUGGAUCGUGCUGUAAUCUGGCUUCUUCCCCAGAGACUUGAACACUACCUCAGCACACAUGUCUCUGUGCACCUGGAUAAAGGGAUCCUGUGGAUUGAAGCUUCAUAGCAGUCCUGUGUUGUUGUUCUGCCAUCUAGUGGCCACUUCUAGCAGGAGUGGGGGCCACCCAUUACGCCCAUUAUGAAGAAAGGUACCGUGUCCUGUAGCAGGAUAGGUGGACUUGCGUUUUAGAGGUCUGUGGCAUUCCCCGCUGAGGUGACGAGCAUUCCUCUCGCUGCAGGGGACAGAUCACCACAGCAUUCAUUUUAAUUUUUUUUUUUUU